AUGCCUUUCGCAUGUGAAAAUUGGGAUCUGACUGAUGUUUUCCGCAUUUCUCGAGAAGCUUCUAAACGACGUUUCCAGUUUCCCGCGGCAUGUUUGGAGAAUUUGAGCGUUCAGUUGGAGCAGUUUGAGCAGAAGAAGUCGCAAUUCGAUGAUUUUGUGGCCUCAAUGAAGAAACUGCACGAGGAAGAUGAACACGAAUGA